CAAAUGUUAUAUAACCUAACCCUAUAUUUUCAUCCAGCUGAUAUUGAAUUAAUAUCUUAAUUUUCUUUUCUACCAUUUAGUAAGCUAAGCUUUUGGUGAACAAAAGGACGUACUUAGUAUGGGAAACUUUAUGGGACACGUCCCGCAAAACGGGAUUGACGUUUAUUUCCAUCCUGAAAUCUCUCCUGAUCCCCGAGAGGAACCAACAUUUGAUCCAUUGCUUGGCUUUCCAAAUGGUCGAAAACCAAGAGAAAUGGUGGCUACAGAGGCAGAAAUGAUAUCAGUGAAAUUGCCAUUGGAGGAUAGAGAUUAUUGUGCACAUAAAUUAAUUGCCUACAGAUCAUGCUAUAAAGAGAAAUUUCCAUGGAUUGUGAAAUGUUCACACGAAAAGCAUGAUUAUCUUAAUUGUAAAUAUGAUGAUUUUAUUAUCAGAAUGAAAGAAUACGAGAGAGAACGCCGUCUGAGGGUUAAAAGACAAGAAGCUCUAGCAAAAAAAGCUGUUGCUGCCAAUUAAUUUAGGCAAACAAGUAAAACACCUUUUGUAGAUAUUUAUUAGUUUAUUUCCAAUAAAAUUUAUCCAAGAUAA